AUGGGUCAAGAAGAAACUUCAAAGAGACAAGGAUUCCGCCAUUCCCAGCUUUUCCUUUGGAUUGUUGCUGUUGUUUUUAUCUCACUUCUUGGUGCCUGCUUUAUUGCAAGCUCUUUGAUCACACACUACAACUUUCUACGCUGUAAGAACGGCACAGGAGAGAUCAUUUUACCAGAUGACCACGUGAAGCUUACAUGCAGCAGAGAGUAUUCAGAACUGAAAGGGACCACCUGGAAUUGUUGUCCUGUCGGCUGGAUGGCCUUCCAGUCUCACUGCUAUUUGAUUUCUAAUAGCAAGAAGACCUGGGUUGAAAGUGAGAUCCUCUGUGAGGGAAUGUGGGCUUAUCUUGCCUCCAUCCACAGUUUAGCUGAGCAGAACUUUAUUACUCAGUUUUUGGAUCAACGAUUUUCAUAUUUCCUGGGACUUACAGAUGAGAACUCUGAAGGCCAGUGGCACUGGACGGAUGAUACAUCAUUUAACCCAAGCAUGGCAUUCUGGCAUGAGGGUGAGCCCAACAACAACCAAGAGAAAAAUUGUGUUGCAUUGGUUUAUGACCAAGGCAAAUGGGCCUGGAAGGAUUUUUCUUGUAACUUUGCAACAAGUAGUAUAUGUAAGAUGCCUGGAACAACACACAACUAGAAGCAACCAGUAAUGGUUCUG